AUGCAGGAGCAGUAGCAAAAGCCCCCAUUUAAACCCUUUGCGUUGAAAGCCUAAUUAGCAAAACCACCUCUUUGUUCCUACUCUCUUUCACUCUCUCUCUCUCUCUCUCUUUUUGUAUCAGUAAAUAUGGAAAAUCACCACCAAAUGCAACAACACCGCCGUGAAUUGACCUUCUUAAGCUCUGCCGGCUUCCUCCGCCAGAAUUUAGAUCCGACAACCGACAACACCGCCGAGGACAGCGAUCCUUCCAUCAAAGAAGUAGAUUUCUUCUCAACGGGUUCACCGCCCAAUAAUGAUAACACUAAUAAUACCAAUAACAAAAAUAGCCAGCGGCAGGUUCAUCAUGAUCAAGAGGCUCAGCAUCAUCGUCAUGGGUUCACUUCAGAUGGAUCAGCAACUCUUAUCACUGAUCCCCUCGUAAACACGGCGCUGAAUUUAAAGUGUGCCAGUGCUGGAAUUUCAAGGUCAACAAAUAAUGCAAAUCCUAAUACUGAGCUGAGUACACUUCAAAGGGAAUUACAUAGACAACAAAAAGAGAAUCGCAAGUUGAGAACUAUGCUGGAUGAAACCACCAAAGACUAUAACCAACUACAAUUGUUCAUGGCCUUGCAGAAACAAAAGUCUUGUCAGAAGGUGGUGACAAAUAAGAUGAUGUCGCCGCAGCGAUUUCUUGACCCGCUGCCAUGCACCGAAUUAGACGUCAAUGUCGCAUCGGUUUCUGAUGAUAAGACUGAUCAAGAGACUUUGGUUUCUCCCUCAAACAAUGCUGAGCCAAUUAUAACAAAGCAUCGUGACCAUCAUUUGACUAAACUCAAAAUUGGAAAGCAACUCAAUGCUUGUCCUACUCCUGAUGAAGGAGAUGUUCUUGACGGGUCAUCCUCAAUGAGUUGGGGAUCAUCUAAGAGUCCCAAGUUAGAAGAAUCCAAAACUGGCGAGCUUCCUUUAAGAAAAGCCAGGGUUUCCGUGCGUGCAAGAUCAGAAGCUCCUCAGAUUAGCGAUGGGUGUCAAUGGAGGAAAUAUGGACAAAAAAUGGCCAAGGAUAACCCUUGCCCUCGUGCCUAUUAUCGUUGCACUAUGGCUCUAGGAUGCCCAGUUCGUAAGCAGGUGCAAAGAUGCGCAGAUGACAAGACAGUGUUGAUAACAACUUACGAAGGAAAUCAUAACCAUCCUCUCCCACCAGCAGCGACUGCCAUGGCGAAUUCUACAUCAGCAGCUGCAGCGAUGCUCUUAUGUGGUUCAGGUUCAACAACGAGCAAGGAAGCACUAAUAAACUCAGCAGGAUAUUUCUCUUCAAUACCUUAUGUCUCAAUGGCAACCCUGUCAGCUUCUGCACCAUUCCCCACUAUCACCCUCGACAUGACCCAAAUCUCCAACCCCAUGCAGCUAUUUCGAGAGCCUUCCUCUGGGGUUACAUUCCCUCCACCAUUGCCAUUGCAUGGAACUGCUUUUUCUGAGUUAAUAGGGCACCCCGUUAUGUUCCCCCAAAAGCUGCCACUUGGAGGUGUGCCUCUAGUUCAAAAUGGGCAACGACAACCUUUGACUAGGUUGGAGACAUUGAGUGCAGCCAUUGCUUCGGAUCCAAACUUCACUGCAGCGGUGACAGCUGCGAUCUCAUCAAUUAUUGGUGAACCAAGAUCAGGCAGUGAUGGAAAUAAUAAUAUUAGCAACAAUGGGUCCACACAACUUCCGCAAUCUUGUACUGCAUACCAAGUCACCAACUAGCUAGAAUCAGAAUUUUGGGCAAGUAUAUUUCACUAUAUAUAUGUAUUUCUAUGUACAGAAAAUGGUGUGAAAAAAAAAAUAUGAUAUGAUCGUAUAGGAAGAUCAUAACCAUACAAAAAUAAAUAAAUGGUAAUGAUUUUAUAACUACUUAUCUUAAUAUUUUUU